AUGGCAAGUGGAAUGGGUUUUUCGUGGGGAACAUCGCUUUUAAAUGCAAAUAAAGGUUCUACAACAACGGCAAUAACUACUACUACUACUAACAUAACAAAACCUUUCAUGACAACAAGUUCUAUAUCUACUUCAAAUAUUAAACCUAAUAAAAGAAGUUUCCAAAGUGAUGCCGAUGAUGAAAGUUACAGCCAUGACAAUAAUAGUACUGUAAAUUAUAUUACUAGAUCCAAUAUACAUUCAUUGAAAAUGCCUGCUGCCGUCACCACUACCUCGACUAUUACUACCACUACUGCUACUAAGAGAAAAUAUACAUAUAACUCUACACACCAAAUCAUGAAUAAUAAUAGCAAUUGUAAUGGUAAUUAUAAUAAUAAUAAUAAUAGUAAUGGCAGUGGUAAUAGUAGUAGUAAAUGUUCGUUGCUUAUUAGUCAGAAUUUACCCUUACCUAGAUCAUUAAAUUUAUUAUCAAAAGAACAAUUAUGUGAAUUGAUUCAAAACAUGAUACAAGAACAACCAGAAUUAACUAUUCCAUUACAAAAUAAUAUCAACCAAAAAUUGGUUAGUACCGUUACAAUACAAGAUUUUAUUAAUGAUUUAGAAACUAAAUUUAAUAAAAUAAUUAAAUCUAUACCAUACCAUAAGAAAUAUUACGAUAUAGAUAAAUUACAGCCUUUUAAUAUUAAUUGUGAAUAUCGAAUCAUGGAUCUAGAUGAUUAUUCUUUUACUAGAUUGAAACCGUGCAUUUUAGAUUUUUUAAAUUGUUUGAUAGAUUACAUUUUAUUCAAUUUACCACCGAUAAUUAAAAACUUCAUUGGAUCAGUUGAAUUAUUGGACUCAAUCACAUUAAUGUGUUUGAAUUUACCUAGAUUUAAACUACCAAGCAAUAACUAUUAUUAUGAUAAAUGCUGGGAACAAAUUUCUUUUAUAUGGUGUUCCUUUAUUAACCAGCUUUCCAAUAAUUCUAUAUUAUUAAACAUAAAUGAUAAUAAUAACUCUAUACUAUUGAAUUGGUUCAAUAAAUUGAAUGAUUAUAAUCAAUUAACUAAUGGCAUGUUGAGCAGACCUUUGCAGUUAAUUAGGGACGUAUUAUUGCAUAAUAGGAACACCAAUGAUUAUAAUUUGUUAUCAUCACUUUUACAGCAGCAGCAAGAGCAACAACAGCAGCAACAAGGAACUAACAAAUCAUUUUUGUCAUCUGCAUUUAUUACAAACAAUAACCAUCAAAUAUUUACGCCAAUCCAUAAUUUCACCACUAUCAACGAAUCACAUACCACUAAGAAUACCCUUAAUGGAGACAAUAAUAAAAACAAUAACUACAUUCAUUUCAAUUCUACUCUAGAAAAUUCUAACAUAUAA